AUGUGUGCUCCCGGGAAUCAAGACGAAUCUGACGACGUGAGCGAGCGAGCGGACAACUAUUUGCGAAGGGGUGUGCAAACGGCGACUGAGACAAAGGCUCUGCAGGAAGGAUGCACUCCACGAGAGCUUUGCGACAAGUAUCAUGCUAUUCACAAAGGAAUCUACGAGUGGUUCGGAAUCGACUUCACCCACUUUGGAAGAACUACGACUGGACAGCAGACAGAGUGAGAUCUUGACGGCUUGGUGAAAGAUUUCCAGAAAUGUUGUUGCUUUAUAGAAUCUGCCAAGACAUGUUCCUGAAGCUGCAUGAGAACGGAUUCACGUCAACUCAAUCGGUCGAUCAGCUCUUCUGCAACAAGUGUGACAAGUUCCUCGCCGAUCGUUUCGUCACCGGAACCUGCCCAAUGUGCGCAUAUGACGACGCCAGAGGAGAUCAGUGUGACGGAUGUGGAAAGUUGAUCAACGCGGUCGAACUGAAGGACGCGAAGUGUGACAUGUGCAAAGGACCUCCAGAAGUGAAACAAUCGACGCACAUCUUCCUCUCGCUCGACAAGCUCCAGCAGAAAACCACCGAUCAUUUGGACAAAGAACUGGCCAAAGAGGAUUACCGUUGGUCGGCGAACGCUGUCGGAAUCACGAGAGCCUGGAUGAAACUGGGACUUGAUCCUCGAUGCAUUACGAGAGAUCUCAAGUGGGGAACUCCCAUUCCAUUCGACCAUGAACACUCUCAUUCUUCUGCUCGGACUUUGCUCCGUCGCUGCUGCUCAAUUCGGAGGAUACGGUGGACGCAGAGGAGGACCCGGCGGACCCGGUGGAUACAACGAAGGACAAGGAGGAGCGGGAGGAUUCCCCGAAGGAUCCGGCGGAUUCCAAGGUGGAGCAGGAGGAGCCGGAAACGGCUCCGCGACAUUUCGUUACCAGCCAUUUAGUUACCAGCCAUUGUUCACGUGGUGAGCAUCGAUUUUAUAAAAAGAAUAUCAUUAGAGCUUCUGGAUUUCAGGACGAAUCACAAGAGGAAGAGGGCCGCCGAGUACGUGUCUUCGUCGAGUUCACCAACAAUGCGCAGUCCAUCAAGGCCUUCGUAA